UCUGUUAAUUUCUUAGACCUUGAAGGCUGCCUUUUUCAGAAUGCAUUUUAACAGUUUUUCACCACUAGAGGAUGUUAGUUCAUGUGUGUCAUAUAGAUAACAUUGAGCUCACGCACGUGGAGUUACCUGGGAGCCAGCACUGAUUGGCUAAAAUACAAGUCUGUCAAAAGAACUGAAAUAAGGGGGCAGUCUGUGUAGAGGCUUAGAUACAACGUAAUGACAGAGGUAAAACAUAUAUUAAUAUAACUGUUGUCUAUGCAAAACUGGGGAAUGGGUAAUAAAGGGAUUAUCUAUAUUUUAAAACAAUACAGAUUCUGGUGUAGACUGUCCCUUUAACCAGUUUUAAUGCAUCCUCUUUAUUUUUCAGGUCACUUAAACAGAGACACAUCUGAUGCUAAAGCUUUACAGAGACCUCGUAAGAGAAAAUAUUAUUUCUUGGGGCAUCAGACUUAAUCACAGGAUGAACAACAAAGUCACUGAAUAUAUUAUAACUUUUGGAGAAGAACAAUCUGAGUUUGAUGAAGUUGCAGUUUACUUCUCAAAGGAAGAGUGGGAUAUAUUAAAUGAAGAGCAAAAGGAACUUUACAGAUACGUGAUGGUGGAAAAUUAUCAGACUCUCAAGUCUUUGGGACGUAUAAACAUGAAGCCGGCCCUUGUCUGGAAAAUUGAACAAAAGGAAGAGCCGUAUGUCAGUGUUCGCCAGCAGAUUGAGAAGACACAUCAUAUACUUGCGAGCACAGAAGGAUUCGUGAACAAUAACCCGUAUGGAAGACAUUGCGAAAUUACUUAUACAAAGAAACACAACAAGGAACCCACCACAGCAGCACUGGAAAUUCGCACAAACAUUUCAGUAAAUAAUUAUAAUUAUGGCAAAGUCGCUGCUAACACACUCUAUUAUAAUUCUCAAGAAUUCUUGCAAACUAUUCACAGAGGUAAAAAAAUGUUUGCGUGUCCUGACUGCGGCAAAUGUUUCAGUAUAAACGCACAGCUCCUUGUACAUCAGCGGAUUCACACUGGAGAGAAACCUUUUGCCUGCCCGGAAUGUGGGAAACGUUUCAACCAAAAAUCCAAUCUUGUCUCUCAUCAGAAAAUUCAUCGAGGUGAAAAGCCUUUUGCGUGUUCUCAGUGCGGGGGAUGUUUUACUAGUAAGGCCUAUCUAUUUGCGCAUCAAAGACUUCACACCGGUGAUAAACCGUUUGCCUGUGCGGAUUGUGGGAAAUGUUUUAAUUUGAGAUCACAUCUUGUCAUUCAUGAGAGAAUUCACACAGGAGAAAAACCAUUUUCAUGCCCAGAUUGUGGGAAAGGUUUUACCAACAAAACUGAUAUGGUUAAACAUCAACGGGUUCAUACCGGCGAAAAACCUUUCGUAUGUGAGGAUUGUGGGAAAACGUUUACCCUGAAAUCUCAACUUCAUAUACAUAACAAGCUUCACACAGGAGAUAAACCCUUUGUGUGCGUUGAAUGUGGAAAAACAUUUAUUCAGAAAGCGCAUCUUCUCACGCAUCAGGAAAUGCACACUGGAGAAAAACGAUUUGCUUGUUUAGAAUGCGGAAAAUGUUUUGCCACUAACACGUAUCUUGUUAUACACCAAAAAAUCCACGCUGGGGAAAAACUAUAUAUAUGUUCUGAUUGUGGGAAAAGCUUUGCUAACAAAAACGACCUCGGAAAACAUCGACGAACUCAUACUGGAGAAAAACCAUUUUUAUGCUCGGAUUGCGGUAAAAGUUUUACCCAAAAAUCGCACCUUCUUAGACAUCAAAAAACACAUCUAAAUAAGCAACCAUCAGCGUGCCCUUCAUGUGAAAAAUAUUUUUAUAAAAAAAUAGAUCUCGUUAAACAUCAAAGGCUCCAUGUAGGAGAAAAUGGUUUUGUGUGAUUACGUCACGUGCUAGAACAUUGUUUGCAUAUAUUCUUGUUAUAUGCGAACAGUGUGGAACUUAUUAGUAUGUACGGAAAUCAUGACAAUAAAUUAUUCAUUUACAUUU